UUUUGUCAGUACCUGCAGCUAACACGCUAGCAGAAAAGUUAUCUUCAGCUUCCCCGCUCCUCCUCUUAAAGAAGUCAGGUCUGAGUGACUCUCAAAAUGGAUUUAGAAGACGACACCACUGUGUUAACAACCUUGAAGUCCUUCAAUUCCUUCAUCAGCUGCACUGAACCUCCUCAGCAGCUGUCAGAGCACUCUGCCGGGAAUGGAGCCCUGCAGAACCAGUACAAACGCAGCAUGGAGUUGUUGGAAGCAGCAGAGAGGGUUCACUCCAAGAAUCGCUACCUUCAGUUGGACCAGGAGAAGAAGCAGAUGGAGCUGAGUCACAAGCGAGCCCGAUUUGAACUUGAGAAGGCUGCUUCUGACAGUGCAAGAGACUUGGAGCAUGAAAUUGACCGGAACCAGGAUCUCUUGGGUCGAAUAAAAAAGUUGGAGGAGAGAGAGACUGAGGCAGCAAAGACCCUAUCUGAACAGGUGGAGGCAAAUCGUGCUGUCCGUAAGAACGUGGAAGGCCUGAACAGAAAACUGGAGGAGCGAGAUACUAGAUUGAACACUGCUAACCAGACCAUCAGUUCUCUGAAGGAUGAGAUCAGAGAGCUGAAGCAGAAGAUUCUGAACCAAGACUCGACAAUUUCUUCUCAAACCCUGGAAAACCAGGAACUGCAGGAACAGUUAGAAUUACAACGCAGGAAGUAUCAGGAAGUCUCUCAGCUUUGCCAAAAUCUCCAAGAUGCCCAGUCGUCCUGCUCAGAGCACAUCAUCAAGAUUAAGGAGUUGGAAAGGCGUCUCGCCUUCCAGGAGCAAGACAUUGCCAUUGUGAAGACUGUUAAGUCAGAGGUGGCCAAGGUUCCAGACCUGGAAAAGGAGUUGAAGUGUCUCAGAGAUGAUAAUGCCUUUCUCAGGGAGAGCAGGGAGAAUUGCAGCCUGCUGAAAGAAGAGGUUGAGGGGCUAAGGAGGAAGCUGGAGAGGAUGGAGAAAACUAAAGAAGAGCUGGUCAAUAUGGAACUGGAGAAGGAGAGGUUGGCAGAGAAACUCCAAGCCUGGGAAAACCUGGGGCAAUCUACUGGACUCAACAUAAGGAAACCAGAGGAUCUGUCCAGGGAGGUGAUUCAGAUCCAGCAGAGAGAAAUUGCUCUGAAAGAGCAGAACUACACACUCAACAGCCGUGUGAGAAGUGUGGAGCGUUCACAGUCUGAGCUCCGGGCAGAGCUGUCCCAGCAGCGCAGCAAGACUCUGGAGGAGCAGAAGAAGAGGGAGGCACAAGACGGGCUCGUCCGUCGACUACAGAAGAGAGUGCUCCUAUUAACCAAGGAGCGUGAUGGUAUGCGUGCCAUAUUAGAGUCCUAUGACAGCGAGCUGGCAUCUACUGAGUAUUCCCCUCAACUCAGCAAACGGCUCAAGGAGGCAGAGGAUGUGCUGCAGAAGACACAGAACUACAAUGCAGAGAUGGAGAGCCAGCUUACCAAAGCACAGGAAGAGGUGGGAACUCUGAAACUGCAGCUGCAAACAGUGGAGCUGGAGCUGGAGUCUCUAAAAAAGCAGCAGGCAUUUGCUGCUGACAGCAACUCUUUGGGGUCCAAAGAAGAGGUCAGCAUACUCAGACAGAAAAUUGAAGAUUUAGAGGCAGAGCGGCAGCGUUUGGAGGAGCAGAACAACAUUCUGGAGAUGAGGUUGGAGAGACACAACCUACAGGGAGACUAUGAUCCAGUCAAAACCCGAGUUCUCCACCUCAAAAUGAACCCCACUACUGUUGCCAAGCAACAGCGCCAGCAGGAUGUUGAGGCUCUUCGGGAGGAAGUGACACGUCUCAGGGAACUCGUGCGCUCACUACAAGAUGGAGGCUCAAUGGUCUAUUCACAGGAAGACCCCAGUAUGCACGCCUCCAGCCUUGGCCUCAGUUUGCCGCCAUCGAAAGAGGUUCUGGAUUUGCGUAAGCAGAUGGAGAGCUCAGAGCUCAGGAACCAGAGGCUGAAGGAGGUGUUUCAGAGGAAAAUCCAGGAGUUCCGCACUGUCUGCUAUGUCCUGACCGGCUAUCAGAUAGACAUCACCACAGAGAACCAAUACAGGCUCACUUCAGUCUACGCAGAGCACAUGGACGACUCCUUGCUCUUCAAAAAGGGCUCCAAUGGAAGCAUGCAGCUCAUGGAGACGGAGUUCUCCAAAACUCUGGGAGAGAUGGUGGCCCUCCAUCUGCACCACCAGAAGAGCAUCCCAGCAUUCCUUUCUGCUGUGACCCUCGACCUCUUCAGCCGACAAACAACAUUCUGAAGUAACUUGAUACCAACUCAGACACAGGGCUGUAUAACUGGGAUUAUUUUUAUUUUUUAAAUUUCUUGAUGUUUUUUUUCCUUUUCGUUUUUUUCCUUGCAUACAAUUUUCAGAGUGCUCUCUGAGCAGCUAUGACAUAUGAGCAGUUUAGUCAGUGCUGUGUUGUGGAGAACGAACACCUUGUUUAAUGAAAUACUUCCAUCUUGUUUUUGAAAAACCUGACAAAGCAACCUGGUAUCCCUAUUUGUACGAUAAAUAUUUCAUCAAUGAAGCUCUGAGAAAUACGUUUUUCUUAACAGGACUGAGUUGCCAUGAAGAAGACACACAGUAGCCGACAACGUUUGUAUCGGGACAUGUCUUUGUUUACAGUGGGAGUUUGAAGUACACUUCUAACCAAGUUAAAUAGACAGUUUGGAGAAAGGUUGCGGUUAUCUGGAUCUGCAGUCGAUGCGUUUGACAGGGUCUUUACUCAGGCUGAAUCUUUGUUGACUCCCUUUUCUUCUUAUUGUUGCCUUAUACAAAACGUUUUGUAUUUACAAGUAGUCCAAGCCAAUAUAACGAUAGAAAUCCAACUGAAUAUAAGACCUGUGGAUUCUAUCUUUAUUUCCCUUCUCUAUUUCCCGUCUCAUUCGUUGUCCUGGGAUAUACCAAAAUUUGACCCAGUCGCCAGAAUAUAUGUCGGCAUUGUAUGUUUCUGCGUAAUUUGAAACUUAACGUUUUAUGUUUAUGCCAAAAUCCCCACAUAAUUAUGGUUCAGAAGAUAAGAUGACAAAGUCAGCUUAUAUAUAUGCAAUCAGAACUACAUUGCUCAGAAACGUUAAUAUGAUACAUUUAAAAUGCACAAACGUAAGCUUUCGGUGGUCUGAAGAAACAUAUAAUGCCAGCAUUUUCAUCUGGCAACUGGUCUGCAUAAAUUCAAAGUAAGUUUUCCUCAGAAUCUAAUAGGGUCUUGCCAUACAAUUGAGUUUGUUGUAACUAUUCACUUAAUUUAUGAGUAUGUGAUUGAAUUGAAAUCCAAACUUUUUCUUCACUUGUCUCUCUGUGGCCCUUCACAUUAUAAGAGACAAAAAGAGGAAAGGUAAAAAGUUUUAGAUGAAAAUGCAGAGAUAAGAGCUGAUCUUGCCAUUAGCUACAUUCAAAAUCAGUACUACAGUUUGACCACGAGAGAAAAUGUAAUAUUUGAUCUGUGAUAACCUCACUAAAUUAAAAGUUCACAGUGUAUAAGCCCAACAGAAAGUAGAGAGUGCAGAGUUUCUAAGUUUGUCACCUGAAUCUAUUACAUGCCCUGUUGCCUGCAGUAAGCCAGUGUAUUGUUGUUUUCUUCAUUUAUGCAAAAUGGUGAAAACUAAUUAAUUAUGACACCAAACCAUUUGCGAACUAAAUUUGUGGAGUCAUUUCAAAUAUUACAGAUUGCAAACAGCCGUACCGUCCACCUAAAGCUUUAAAUCAAAAGCUUUAAGGUAACAUUACUGCAACAACAAAUCACACAUUAGCCUGUUACUCAUGUGAGGCAGUGAAGACGCAGCAAAUGAAUAGAAACUUGAGUUUUACAACAAAAUGUUAAUUGAAAAUUAAAUAGCGUUAUGGUUCUCAUUUGUUGUCACUUUGAAUAAAUAAAAACAGUAUCAGCUUUAUCACUCACACACAAACACACACACAAAAGUUUGUAAUCACCUCAAUAUGCAUUGUUAAUUGGCAUCAGUGUGUCAUAAAAUAAGGAUUAGACAACAAAAAAAACGCAUACAUGGAGAUGCUUUAACAUUUGUAAACAUUUGCUGAGACUCACUAAAAAGGCAUUUUCCUUUCUGGUAUAACCUUUAUAACACAAAAAAAAAGUCUGCAGAUAUGAAUUUGAUUUGAAUGAACUAUGAAUUCCUCCAGUCUUGAAUUUAGUUAACAACCAUGGCUGUGUGUGUUGGGCUAUUAACAAGAGAUAAGACAAGGGAAAUUUCAAGGCAGCAAUAAAGCGAAAUGGCAGAAAUAAACAUGGGGUGAAGAGGAAGCGAGGGAGCAAUCCAACAAAACCGAGAAACAAAAGGAAGUGAGCUGAGAAUAAAGCCACUUAUCACAGCAACAAUAUAAGAACUCCAGCUGGUGCAGCCAUAUGUCUCAGGAGAAAACAUAUUCUCCUGUACAGCACAUGCCACAUACUGUCCUUGUUUUUCUCUGUUUUCGCAAGCUCGUUCAUUUUCACAACACAGCACAUCUUCUGCACACCCCGCGGCUCUCACAUCGAGAGGGUUCAUAUAUUAGAUGGUUUCAUAUAAGCAGUGCAUUACGUAGCACACAUCGUUCUCAGUCAGCAGUGUGUGAUGUUCUGUGGCUUUAUCGCUAAUGUCCGCGUCACACAAAAUUACAGUACCUUGUUACCGUUGUAAAUUUGAAAUGCAAAUGUAAUCAAUAAAGAGUGUGAUUGAC